AUGCCCAAAGUCAGAGUCUUCUUUGUUAACUGCCACCCAAACCGCCCACGAAGAGAUCGUGAGCUGGACGAUGCCGAGCGCAGGGCUCAUGCGGCCCGUGAGACACACAGGAAAAGGGAGGCCGAGAGGGACAGACUUCAGUCGCGCCGUGUCCCAUCUCCCACCAGUCAGUCAAUCCUCCUGAGGACCGAUCCCUUCGGCACAACAUCUGUCACAAUCGACAAUGCGGUAGCCGGUCUACUCCAUUACUACGUCUACUUUUACCAUCCCACCCUGUGGCCCAACGAAAUGGCGGUCCUUCGGCAGGGACUGUACACGUUCAAAAGCGCAGUGAACUAUGUUAUGCGAAUGGUCGUCGAGGACAGUCUUACCAUGUACUGUCUUCUCAGUGCCGCUGCUUGUCGACUGCAGUUCAUUGAUCGCCUUCCAUGCGCAUUGGUGGAGGGGAAGCACGGCUACUACAUGCGCAACGCCCUCCAGUUACUGCGCUCUCGGAUUGACACACGCUCUUUUCAGACCUCCGAUCAGCAGAGACUACUACUGAUAUGCAUCAUGUUCUUGACGUCAGCCGAGUGCUAUCGCGACGAUGUAUCAGCAGCCAAGACACAUCUCCAGGCUGCUGUCAGCAUCCUUGAACAGAAUGGCGGGAUCAUGUCCAUCCAGGACGAGAAUCUGCGAGGCCAGCUGGCGAUGGCCGAUCUAUAUCUAGCCUGCAUCAAGCUGAAACCCUGUCUGUUUUCAUUUGACUACGACCCAGGGCCCGCUAGUAUUCUUGGCCUGAUGGACCACGAGUUGUCCUCUGUCCCAUCCGAGAGCGUCGCCGCUUCUCUACUGGACAGAGACACGCAGAUUGUGCCCUUGGAGCUGAGAGUGGUGAUCGAACAGCUCGUGGAGUCGUACGAGGUCAAGAGCCGCCUCCAAACUUCGGCCAUGUCAGCGUCACGAGCGAUGGAGAUCACUCACUGGAUCACCACACGAAACAUGGCCAUCAGAAACAGGCUGCUUGCACUCACCACCGCUGAUUUGCGAAUCCACGCGCUGAGGACCGCAAUCAUUAUGUGGACCUUGCUUGCGAUGAACGUGACGGGGCGCGCAAAGACCGUCAAGAUCAUGGCGCCCAUGCUGCAAGGCAUCCUCACGCAAAUCCCUGCGCCACUCGGCUGGGCUGGUCAUGAAGACAUCAGGCUAUGGAUUCUGAUCGUGGGGUUCUCAUGCGCUGUCGAAGCCAGCGACGUGGCGGGGUGGUUCGCGGCGCAAUCCUCCGACAUUGCCCGCGGUUGGCCUCUGGACACGACGGACUCAACGUGCUGGCGUCGUGACGACGAAGACGACGACGACGAUGACUACUGCUGCCGCCUCCUUGCCGUGAGACUCGAAAUCUUUCAGCGACAAGGCUUCUUCUUCGACGCCCCUAUUCAGAGGCCCCGGACUCGGAAACUGGCCCAGUAUAUACGUACCUCAUUUUUGCACUAG